AGCGAGUGGCGGCGGCACUGCUGCUGCUCCUCCCGCACGCGCGUGAGGAAAGCGAGAGCGUGGCCGGCAGCGCCUCGCUGCCUCUCCUGGAGUAGUCGGGCGGAGUUUAACCUCCCUUCCUGGCCCUGAGGACGAGGCAUCAUGGAGACCCCGCCCUUCUUCUGGCUUGGGCUGCUGCUGCUGCUACCGGGACUGCUCGGCGGGACUGGGGCGCUGCGAGGCAAUGACAACAGUGAAACCCUUCCAGAGUCCAUCCCAUCUGCUCCUGGGACACUGCCCCAUUUUCUGCAAGAGCCUGAUGAUGCAUAUAUAAUCAAGAGCAACCCUAUUGUGCUGCGCUGCCGAGCUGUGCCUGCAAUGCAAAUCUUCUUCAAGUGCAAUGGGGAAUGGGUUCACCAAAACGAGCAUGUCUCCGAGGAGAGCAUGGAUGAAAGUACAGGCUUGAAGGUUCGCGAGGCAUACAUCAAUGUGACGAGGCAGCAAGUGGAAGAUUUUCAUGGCCCAGAGGACUAUUGGUGUCAGUGUGUUGCAUGGAGCCACCUAGGGACUUCAAAGAGCAGAAAAGCUUCAGUCCGCAUAGCCUAUUUGCGCAAGAACUUUGAGCAAGACCCCCAAGGGAAGGAAGUUCCUAUUGAAGGGAUGAUUGUGCUACAUUGUCGGCCACCAGAGGGAGUGCCUGCAGCUGAGGUGGAAUGGCUGAAGAAUGAAGAACCCGUUGAUGCUGAGCAGGAUGAGAAUAUUGACACCCGAGCAGAUCACAACCUGAUCAUCCGUCAAGCUCGCCUCUCUGAUUCUGGGAACUACACGUGUAUGGCAGCCAACAUAGUUGCCAAAAGAAGAAGCCUGUCAGCCACAGUUGUGGUGUAUGUGAAUGGAGGCUGGUCUUCGUGGACAGAGUGGUCCAACUGCAAUGUACGAUGUGGCAGAGGAUGGCAGAAGAGGUCACGGACCUGUACAAACCCAGCUCCUCUCAAUGGAGGUGCCUUUUGUGAGGGAAUGUCUGUCCAGAAAAUUACCUGCACGUCAUUAUGCCCUGUGGAUGGCGGCUGGGAGGUGUGGAGCGAAUGGUCAGUCUGCAGUCCUGAGUGUGAGCAUUUGAGGAUCCGGGAAUGCACUGCUCCGCCUCCACGCAAUGGUGGGAAAUUCUGUGAAGGCCCAAGCCAAGAAUCGGAGAACUGCACUGAAGGCCUUUGCAUUCAAGAGAAAAAGCUUCUUCAUGAAAUAAAACCCCAAAACAUUGAGAAUGCCACAGACAUUGCCUUGUACUCAGGCCUGGGUGCCGCAGUCAUUGCAGUAGCCGUCAUUGUGGUUGGCGUGACCCUCUACAGACGAAGCCAGAGUGAAUAUGGUGUGGAUGUGAUCGACUCAUCUGCCCUAACGGGAGGCUUCCAGACAUUUAAUUUUAAAACUGUCCGUCAAGGAAGGGCAGGCAUCUUGGAAUUGUUAUCACCAUCGUCGUCAUCAUCAUCAUCAUCCCUAUCCCUCCCUUCCUACCAGCAGCAGCCCCGGGCAGAUUCAGGUAACUCCUUGCUUUUGAACUCAUCCAUGCAGCCUGACCUGACUGUGAGUAGAACCUACAGCGGACCCAUCUGCCUUCAAGACCCCAUUGACAAGGAGCUUAUGACUGAAUCGUCUCUCUUCAAUCCUUUGACUGACAUUAAGGUCAAAGUUCAGAGUUCAUUUAUGGUUUCGUUAGGUGUGACUGAACGAUCUGAAUACCAUGGAAAAUCUCAUUCUGGAACAUUUCCACAUGACACUAACAGGACCUUCAAUCCAAUACAUGCAAAGAACAAAUCUGUGUACAUCCAGCAUCUCUCGUCACUCUCCAAAAGAAGUGAGAUGAAGGCCAUGGGAGAAUUUGGCCAUCUGGGAGGACGUUUAGGAAUCCCUAACACAGGAGUUAGUCUGCUAAUUCCACACGGGGCUCUCCCUGAAGAAGCAUCUUGGGAGAUCUACCUUGCCAUCAAUCAAGGUGAAUCCAGCCUGCAGCCAGAAGGCAGUGAAGUCCUCCUUGGUCCGGAAGUCACUUGCGGUCCUGCAGAAGUGACAGUCUCCACCCCAUUUGCCUUGACGAUACCACACUGUGCAGAAGUGAACUCUGAGCACUGGAACAUUCACCUGAAAAAGAAAAGGCUUCAGGGCAAAUGGGAGGAAGUGAUGUCUGUGGAAGAGGAAACCACUUCCUGUUACUGCCUCCUGGACCCAUAUGCCUGUCACAUUCUCUUGGACUCUUUUGGAACUUAUGCUCUUAUUGGGGAGCCCCUCUCUGAUUGUUCCAUUAAAGAACUGAAAGUAGCAGUCUUUGGCUGUAUGUCUUGCAACUCACUGGAUUACAGUCUGAGAGUGUACUGCAUAGAUAAUACUCCCUGUGCAUUUCAGGAAGUGAUUUUAGACGAAAGGCACCAAGGGGGACAGUUACUGGAAGAACCAAAGCUGUUGCAUUUCAAAGGGAAUACCUUCAGUCUUCAGAUCUCCGUCCUUGACAUCCCCCCUUUUCUCUGGAGAAUCAAACCAUUCACAGCAUGUCAGGAAGUUCCUUUCUCUCGUGUGUGGCGCAGCAACCAGCAGCCCCUCCAUUGUGCCUUUUCACUGGAGCGCUACACCCCUGCCACCACACAGCUCUCAUGCAAAAUCUGUGUCAGACAAGUCAAGGGCCAUGAACAAAUCCUGCAGAUCCAGACGUCUAUUCUCGAGAAUGAAAGGGAAACAAUCACUUUCUUUGCACAUGAUGACAGUAGCUUUCCUGCUCAGAUGGGCCCGCAAGCCUUCAAGAUACCAUACUCCAUCAGGCAGAGGAUAUGUGCGACUUUUGACACACCCAGCGCCAAAGGCAAAGACUGGCAGAUGUUAGCACAGAAAAACAGCAUCAACAGGAAUCUGACUUACUUUGCUACUCAGCGCAGCCCAUCUGCUGUUAUUUUGGACUUGUGGGAAGCCAGGCAUCAGCACGAUGGCGACUUAGACUCUCUAGCCUGUGCAUUGGAAGAGAUAGGAAGGACACAGCCCAAAAACUCUAACCUAACAGAAACUCAAAUUGAGGAGUCAAACUUCAGCUACAGCAGACAAAAUGGACUUUAGUCGUCACUUGAACCUUGUAAUGGAUGGAAUUCCUGUUAGAGGGAGGAAACCAUGCACUACAAUCACAUACCCCUCCCAUAAUUUACUUGCUCACUCCCUCGCACCAUCAAACCAGUUUGCAUUUGGAGGAACAGAAGAAAGCUGGCAAGCCACAAGGAAGAUACGGGCCCCUUUGCACAAUGGCUACUGUAAGCCGGGAAACGACUAUCUCCCGACAAAGAUUAAAAAUUAUAUCACAACAAAGGUUAAAUUGAUGCUUGAGUAGAGAAAAUAAGCACGAUAGUCUGGCUACCACAGUCAAGAGAGGAAAACAUUAAA